UGGUUUCAAAAUUUGCAAACUUACUAAUCGACAAAAAAUAAAGAAUUCUUGUAUGUGUGCAUUGAGAAUAACGAUUUAAUCUUGCAUUUUUGAGAAAAUCCAGAGUCUGGAUUCGCAACAUCCAUAUUUCUGGCGCCUUCUAGUCGACCCCGUCGUUUCUCUUCUUUAAUGACUGGAAUAUUGCGCAUUGAGGGGUGAAACCCUGUACUUGAAUUGGAUUUACAUAUUUUCUUUCCUAAACUUAUCGAUAUUAGUUGGAAUUAUUAAAACAUUCCAGCAAACAGAGCAAUUGACAAAUUUAAUGUUACUUGCGAACUACUCAAUUUGAAUAAUUCUGCAGUAAUAAAGUCUUUAAUUAAAGCGGCUUUCAAUAUCAGAGAACAGGUGUUCUUCACCCAGUUCGCAGGACAAAAUUUCGGAAAGUAAUGAUUUUUGGCUGAUGCGUAUAUGUAAGCAGAAACUUCUUAUGUGGUGUUUAUCUCGCGAAAACUGGUCCAUCCAAACGAUAGUGAACAAACCACCGAACGAACGCAAAACAACGAAUCCUUCAAAUAAUGUUUUUAUUUGAAUUAUUAUUUAUUUGUAAGCAGAAUUUCGAAAAAGGGUGCAAGUAGUAGAUAGUGGUAAAAAAGUGAAGUGAAAAAAAAAUGUCGGAAAUCAAAUUUUAUAACAGAAAACUAACAAUAGGCUGGUUUCUGGUGAUGGUGGCGAAUUUCUUGUUUGGCGUUUCCGGUAUAAUAAUUUGCAGUUUGAAACUGCGAAAUCUCGAAAAUGAAGAUUUUCAAAUGGGCUUCUUCAAAUUAUCCAUGGGAUUUGCUGUUUGCAAUUUGAUCCUGAGUGUUCUUCUUUUAGUAUCCGUACUCAAGAGAGAUCAGAAAUAUGCGUUUUUAUAUGCUCUGCUAAUAUUUUUGAGCCUCUUUGCUGCCACCAUUCACAUUGAGAGCAACACCCACAAAGAUCUGACUUUUUUGAUAAUUUUCAUCGUUUUUGCUGCUUUGUGCUUUCUGUGGUUCUGCGUAUACGGCUCCUAUCACAUAUGGCUCAAAGACAAGAUGACUGAAACUGAAGCUACAAUAGUCUGACUUACCCUCAAUCAAACGAAGCUAUUUUUACAGCACUUAAGGCCGCUUAAGGACCCGCUAAUAGUUUGUUUAACAAAUCGUAUAUAUAAGAAGUCGCAAAAAUUGUGUCUAUUAAUGGAACAUAAACUGUCGAAUAAAAUACCUCGAAAUUA